CUCCUCCGUAUGCGUACUUCCGUGAUAAUCAACCUCCCUCUUGAAUCUGCACACCACCCCGAUCCAGGAAAGUGGGGGGUUCGUCUAGUACGAAAUGGAUGGCUGCCCGAUCACCAGCAGCACCUAUCACAAAGCACAAAAAGAAAAACAAAACAAAUGACCCUCCGCCUCCGUAGAAACCAGAAACCAGAAACCACUCCUAAACCCAACCCCAACUCCAAUAAAAAAAACCCCCUCCCUCCCUCCCUACCAGACAGCCAGACAGAAGAUAGACGGAGGAUGUCCGCUCUCUCCUCUCUCUCCCCGCUUCGGUAG